AUGCGACAGUGCCCCGGUGCUCUACACCUGCUGCUCAGGUGUAUGAGAGGGAGCUCCAGACGGAGCUGUCACCGUCUGCCCAGGUGGCUGAGGGAACCCCUGGGCUACCUCCGCCUCAUCGUCAGGUCCCUGUGUUUCAACUCCCUCACAAACUCUGACGUCGUGAUGGACUCCGUCCUCGAACCCGUGUUCUGGAUGGUCGACAUUCUGACCCGAUGGUUUGGGAUGGUGUUUGUAUUUCUCGUGAUCGCUCUCACCAGCUCCGUCCUCAUAAUUGCCUACUUCUGCCUCCUUCCCUUGGCCCUUAACACCUACUCCACUGGAUGGCUGCUGUGGCACAUUUGCUACGGGCACUGGAAUCUGGUUAUGAUCGUCUUCCACUACUACAAGGCCACCAAGACGUCCCCUGGUUAUCCUCCUAAGAUGAAAAAUGAUGUUCCCUUUGUGUCUGUCUGCAAGAAAUGUAUUAUCCCUAAACCAGCGAGAACCCAUCACUGUGGGAUCUGUAACACCUGUAUUUUAAAAAUGGACCAUCACUGUCCAUGGUUAAACAACUGUGUGGGUCACUUUAACCAUCGCUAUUUCUUCUCCUUCUGUCUCUUUAUGACCCUGGGCUGUAUCUACUGCAGUGUCAGCGGUCGAAACCUCUUCAUAGAUGCAUACAAUGCCAUAGAGCGCUUCAAGCACAUGGACGUGGAGAAACAAGGGGUUCCAGUGACGGGGGUGGGACUGCUCAUAGGCAUCCUGCCUCCAACAGACAUGACUGGGAAGAGCUAUUACCAGACCCCUCCUCCACCAUAUACCUUUAAGGACAAGAUGUUUCACAAGAGUGUCAUAUACAUGUGGGUGCUAACAAGCACGGUGGCAGUGGCCUUAGGAGGACUUACCAUGUGGCAUGCAAUACUUAUCUCCCGUGGAGAGACGAGCAUUGAGAGACAUAUCAACAGUAAAGAAGCCAAACGCAUGGCAAAGAGGGGCAAGGUCUAUAAGAAUCCAUUUAAUUAUGGAAAACUGAACAACUGGAAGGUGUUCUUUGGUGUUGAAAAAAGAAGUCAUUGGCUGACGCGGGUUCUCCUGCCCUCUGGACAUGCCCCAUACGGAGACGGUUUGACGUGGGACAUAUAUCCUCUGAAAAAGGACAUGAUGCCCGUCUGACU